UGUCCUUUUUACGUCACAAUGACGACGCCACAUUGUCAAUUUUGGUAAAAAGAGCGUCUUAAGACGUAAAUAAUUAGGAGAAAGCUGUCCAAUGGGGAAUGCACUAACAAGAGCAAAGAUCAUCAACCCGGGCAGCGUGUUGGAUCGGGUCAUUUCCCAGUCGAAUAAUGAUGAUGACUGUCUCCUCUACAAAUUGGCUAAUUAUAAGAAACAGGGGGAAUUAAUUGAGGCGUAUAAUAUCGGAGGGGCUCACGAAGUCGAGAAGUUGGUGAGGGAACAGUUUGGGAUUUUGAUGUAUCGCGAUGGUAAAGGUCAAAUCGUAUCGAGGACGGAAUAUCUGAGGUGGAAGUUUAGAAAUACGAAGCAUGUCGUCAUCCCGGUCGAACCAACCUCCGUUUUUGACCCUCUUGGAAAGUGGGAGGAUCACGAGGCUUGUUGGCAAAUGCAGUAUCGCGGCUCUCUCGGAGAAACCUUGUUGCACGUUUUGAUCAUUUGCGAUACCCGGCUGCAUACCCGAUUGGCCCGAAUUUUGCUGCGGUGCUACCCGAAACUUGCGGUGGAUGUGGUCGAGGGGGAGGAAUACUUGGGCGCGUCCGCACUCCAUUUGGCCAUCGCGUACAAUAAUAACGAACUCGUCCAUCUGCUCGUCGAUGCGGGGGCGUUGAUCGAGCAGAGAGCGAUUGGAAGCUUUUUCCUCCCCCGCGACCAGCAGAAGAUUCCACCCGAUAAGUCGUCCGACUUUGAGGGCCUGGCUUAUCUCGGGGAGUACCCGUUAGCUUGGGCCGCCUGCAUUAACAAUGAGACCGUGUACAAUCUCCUACUCGAUCAUGAUGCCGAUCCGGAUAAGCAGGACUCGUUCGGAAACAUGAUCCUGCACAUGGUCGUGGUUACGGAUCAAUUGGGAAUGUACGGCUAUGCGCUCCGCCACCCGAAGAAGUCUGCGAGCAAUGAUAUCACAAAUGCGCAAGGGUUGAGCCCCCUAACGCUCGCGUGUCGCCUCGGUCGCGCCUCCGUCUUCAGAGAAAUGUUGGAGCUGAGCUGUAAAGAAUUUUGGAGAUAUUCGAACAUCACGUGCAGCGGAUAUCCACUCAACGCUCUGGAUACCAUCUUACCGGAUGGGAGGACGAACUGGAAUUCCGCCCUCUUCAUGAUCCUGGCCGGGUCGAAAGAGGAGCAUUUGGACAUGUUGGACGGUGGAAUCAUUCAACGUUUACUGGAAGAAAAGUGGAAAACUUUUGCGCAGCGACAAUUCCUCAAGAGAAUCACGAUCGCCUUCAUCCACCUGAUCGCGAUGAGUGUGGCGGUCUAUUUGCGCCCCAAGGACCGCGGUCACCCGCUCAACGAAUGGAUCGACGCGCAGGACUUGGUCAGGAUGGGUUUCGAGCUGGGCACGGUGGGUGGUUGUCUCUCCUUCGUUUUGAUUCAGCAAGGAGAGGAAAUCAAGAAUCAGGGGCUUAUCAGUUUCGUGAAACAGUUGCCCCACGCGCCCCCGAAGGCGCUCUUUCUCAUCGCGAACCUCUUGAUCCUUUCCUGCAUCCCGUUUCGCCUGAGUGGCGACGUUCUGACGGAGGAAUCCCUCCUCGCCUUCACCAUGGUCUUCUCCUGGUUCUUCAUGAUGUUCUUCGCCGGAGCGAUCAAGCUGACGGGUCCAUUUGUGACGAUGGUUUACUCCAUGAUCACGGGAGACGUGUUGACGUUCUCGAUAAUUUAUGGGAUUUUCCUCCUCGCCUUCUCCCAGGCCUUCUUUUUCCUCUACAAAGGACAUCCGGACGAGGGGACGACGCCCUUUUUUGAGUUCGACGCGACGUGGAUGGCUCUUUAUAAGAUGACGUUGGGCUCGUAUGAUUACAACGAUCUUGGUGCUCUCGUCUAUCCGAAUGCGGCCAAGACAGUUUUCAUCGUUUUCAUGAUCAUGGUUCCCAUCCUGUUGUUGAACAUGUUGAUCGCCAUGAUGGGAAAUACGUACUCGCAAGUUAUCGAGCGAAGUGAGAAGGAGUGGGUGAAACAGUGGGCCAAGAUUGUCGUCACUCUGGAGCGAGCGAUAAGUCAGGAAGAUGCGAAACAAUAUAUUCAAGAAUAUUCCAUCAAACUGUCCGGAACCGAUGUGUCGAACGAAGUCCGAGGCGUGAUGGUGAUCAAAAGUAAGAGCAAAACAAGGGCGAAGCAGAGAAAGGGGGCUGUUGCGAAUUGGAAGCGUGUCGGAAAAGUGACCAUUACAGCGUUGAAAAGGAGGAAAAUGACGGGAGAACAGAUGCGUCAGUUGAUGUGGGGUCAUCGAAACUCGGUCGCAACACCGCAGCAAAACGUGACACCUCGCCAGUCGAUGGAGACUGACAUCAUAUCCAAAGAUGCGGCUGCUACCUUCACCCUGUUUGACGACUCCAUGUCGCAACUGACGCCACAAACUGAGCUGGAUUUCAACAAGGUUUCGAACAAGCCCGGUGGGGGUGGCGGCAUGGUUCCGGUCGAAGGUUCGAGCCCCUCCCGACCAGGAACGGGGUCACCCCCGACGAAGUUAUUGACCGAAAUGGGCGUCAAAGGACCACCGCCGCCGGAUUAUAGCACGGCCAUGAUGACCACGACGAGUCCUGGCGCGACUGCUGGGGCUGGGUACAAGGCGCGUCGGCGCUCAGGAAAAAUUGGGCUGCGCCCUAAAAUUAUAAUUUUCUCGGAUAAAAAAGACCUCAUCCGAGUCACGCUGGAUUCCGAGGAGGAUUCCGAAGAGGAUGGAAACAUUACGCAUUUUAAAUAUAGUCACAAACAUCACGGGGCAGGAAAGUCGGCGAAGAGAAGAUCACUCGCAGGGGAUGGGAUGAAUGUGACGUCGUCACGGGAAAGUCUGGCCGCUGAGUCGGACGACUAUGAAGGAAAAGAUGACCAAUAUCAAGAACGGAAGAGCAAGCUACCUAAUAAAUCGGAUGAUCGCCAAGGCGUCGUAAAUCCGGCGUAUGUCAAGCACCCUGAUGAUGAGGAACCACCACCACCACCACGCCCAACACGAGUAUCAUCUCCCCCGAAACAUGUCACACUACCAAAAUCGACCCCUGACAAGGAAGAACCUACGACACAGUCGCCUCCAAAGGGCGGAAAUAAACCGUCUACGUCAAAAAAUCGCCCAAAAUCGGCUAAACCAGGUGCAACCAAGGACAAGGAAGGAGGCGGAGGCCAUUCUGAGGCCACAGCGACAAGCAGCAAAGGGGGCCAUGCAGAUGAACAAGGUGGCGAUGAAGGUGAUCCAGCGACAAAGACGAAGAAAAGUCGUCCACUGACCGCCCUCGAUAAGUGGAGUGAUAAGGAACAGGUGCAAAAUAUGAAUAAGUUGGUGGCCUGGGAUCGUCCAGAGGAUGAGAUUUAAGGUGGAAAUUGUGCCCCUCAAAAUGUCUCAACGGUCAAUAAUGUCCCCAAAUCGGUAGCUUCAAGGAAUACGAAGAAUGGAGGUCUCCCAGCGUAUGCUCUCCGAUUUUGAGGAAAUUGGUCUCAAUCGAAGGUAAGUUUAAUUAGUAUGAAAUUUGCGAAAGACACG